CCGUCAUCAGCAGUGUGCCGUCUAAUGUCGGUCGCUCAACUGCAAAACCGUAUGAACAUUUUUCUAAUAUAGUUUCACAGCGUUACAUCAUAUCCUAUAACGGAUAGCUGUUAUUUAAUCUGUGUUGAUAUCUUUAUUUAAUGUGUUGGUGCUCAGUGGGGAAAGUAAAAUGUAGCCGUCGUUUUGUUUAAAAAACGUAGGUCGACGUUAGCUGUUAGCUUUGGAAGCCGCUCUGGGCUAGACUGUAUGUGCCUCCACAAAGGCCGUGUGCUGCUUUGUUUUUAACGAUGUAUCCCACCUGGGGAAAUUACGGUGCACCUCAGUCCCAAAACUAUGGAGGUGCUGGGCCCCGUAAGCCACUGGCUGGCAGCCACACUGGCCAGGCUCCCGGAUUCGGCGGUUUCGAGGCCUCCUCCAGCGGCUCGUUGUUCUCCAGCUUGCAGGAGCAGCACCUCCAGCAGAUGCAGCAGCUGCAGAUGCUCCACCAGAAACAGCUCCAGUCUGUAUUACAACACGGCAGCAAUGCCAGUACUGCUGCCCCUGCAUACGGCGUUGCACACACUGGUGGGUACAUGGGGUCGUCGUGGCGUCCAGAAGGACCUGCACAUGUAGACAGCGGCGCUGGCGCUCAGUCCUACUUUAAACCAGAAGAGACUUCGGCGACGAGAGUACCCCCUGCUCCCAAACAGGGUCACCAGCAGCCUCCUCCACUUCCUCCGCAACCGCAUCCCACCGAUACCCAGCCUGUGCCUCCCCCUCCAGAGCCGCAGCCAUCAAAGCCACCGGAGAACAGCAGUCCUCCCAAACCCAAGGAGGCCCCCACGGCAGAAGACGAGAAAUCCUUACCGUUGCAGGAGCAGCAGCAGCUCUGGUACAAACAGCAUCUUCAGAAUCUGCAGAAACUUAAGCAAGAGAGAGCCAAACAGAAUCAGAAGGAUGGAGAUGGCUCUUUCCCCCUGCCACCACCCCCAGGCAAAACAGCUCCUCCGCCCCCUCCAUUAGAACCACCAAAAAGCACACCACCACCACCACCGCCUAAAGAGGAACCUCCAACACCGCCACCACUACCUGAGGAAGUAAGGAGUGAAAAUGUAGGAAAAUCACCUACAUUUACAGACACACCUGAAGUACCAAAAGACCCAGAGGAAGCUGCUCGCCUUCAGCAGUUACAGGCUGCAGCAGCACACUGGCAACAGGUUCAACAGCAGAGAGCCGGUUUACAAUAUCAGGCUCUCAUGCAACAACAUGAGAAGCUUCAGCAGAUUCUGGAGCAAUACCAACGCCUCAUUCAACAGCCUGCAAACCUACAGUCAAUGUCUGCAGAAAUGCAGCUGAGGCACUAUGAAAUGCAACAGCAACAGUUCACACCUCUAUUCCAAGACUGGAAUCACUCCUUCACCCUGUGGUAUGAGCAAUUCCAGAGCUAUCCUCAUAAAGACCAACUGCAGGAUUAUGGGCAUCAGUGGAAACAGUGGAAGGAACAGAUGAAUGCAACAAAUGCCCACCUUCAAGAAAGAGUGGCUACUCUCACUGCCAUGGUACCAUUUGCGUCAAGCCAAUAUAAUAGUGGAAUGAUGGGACAGUAUGGCCAGUACCCUGUACAAGACAUGCCUUUGCAGCAGUCAGUAAACCCAGGUAUGCAGCAGACCCCUGUUACUGUUGGUCCAAGACUUCAAGGUCCACAGCCUACUGGUUUUGUAACACAUUCAGAAUCACCUGCUGUGCCCUCAGUUCGAGGAAGUGCCCCUAGUGGCAUAGGAGUCCAACCCCCAGUUCCCCCAGUUGUCCAGCCACCAAGUUUCAACAAUGUCAGGGGUCCACGGGUAAACAACCCCAGAUUUGAACAACCACAGCAGCGAUUUGAUGGACCCCCAAGGUUUGACCAACCGCAACAGCGAUUUGAUGGGCCUCCAAGAUUUGACCACCCACAACAACGCUUUGAUGGUCCUCCAAGGUUUGACCAACCACAGAACCGUUUUGAGGGUCCCCCUCGAUUUGACCAACCGAGGCACCGUUUUGAUGGUCCACCUAGAUUCGAUCAACAACGGCAACGGUUUGAUGGACCGCCCAGAUUUGAUCAACCUCGAUUUGGGCAGCCACCUAGGUUUGAUUCCACAAGGCUCACUGGCCCUUCACCUCGUCUUGAAUGUCCACCAAAGCUUCAAGAAAAACAGCAGCAAGGAAUGCUGCCUAAGGUGGAACCAGUCACUCCGCAACCUCCAACUCCAGAUUCUAAGACUCUAGAAAAAUCGUCUGAUAAGUCGCUAUCUGAAAAUGAAAAAGAUAAAUUGAAAUCGGUUGAUAAGAGCGCUUCUGAAGAUAUGACAGAUGACAACUUACUUUCAACUGAGGGUUUUUUUGUCCAAAGUGAACCAAUUCCUCAGACAUUACAAACAGAUACAAAACCUGAGGAUUCAAAUAGCAGUGUUACUUUGGACAAAGGUGAAAAAUCUGAACCUGUUAACAGUAAGCCAUCUGUAAAUACUAGUCCUGCUGUUACAUCAAACACUACAACACAAAAUUCGCACAAACCAGAUGGACCACUGGGAAACAGCAAACCACCACAGAUUCCAAAGUCCUCAGGAAUCCAACCAGAGCCACAAAAGCAGUCAAAACUAGAUCCUCCAAAACCUCCCCCUGGUCGGGGACGAGGCCAGCCCCCAGUGCCUAGCCAGGUGCGCGGACGAGGACGUGGGCAGAGGAGCAGUGGAGAGUUUAAGGGACAAAACACUGUACCAAUUGGGGAAGAGAUGGGAGAAAUGCCUUAUGAUUACAUGCCCCCUGAAGAAAAUGUGGGUAUGCAAGAAGAACAAGAAAACUACUAUUGGCAAGAUCCUUCACAUGAACAGUUUGGUGGUGAGGAAUCAGAAAUGCCCCCAGAAGAAAUGUGGAUGCCAGAAGAACAUCACUUCACAGAGGAAGAGUAUUAUCAAGAGCCAAUAGGAGGACCCCACAUGGGGAGAGGUGGGCCUCCAAUGAUGAGAGGAAGGCCCCCAAUGCCUAGAGGUGGUCCUCCUAUGGGAAGAGGUGGUCCUCCCAUGGGAAGAGGUGGACCCCCUAUGGGUCGGGGAUGUCCUCCUAUGGGUCGAGGAGGACCACCAAUGGUUAGGGGAGGGCCACCAAUGGUUAGGGGAGGGCCACCAAUGGGCAGAGGUGGGCCACCAAUGGGUAGAGGUGGACCACCAAUGGGUAGAGGUGGACCACCCAUGGCCAGAGGAGGUCCACCUAUGGGAAGAGGAUUACCCAUGGGAAGAGGAUUACCCAUGGGAAGAGGAGGACCAUCUAUGGGAAGGGAAGAACCAGUGGACAGACACUGGGAAGAAGCUGAAUCAAAUGAGUACUUAGAGGAUGAAGACCCUUACUGGAUUGAAAGGAGACCACCAAUGAGAGGCAUGAGACCUCCAUUUCCUCCUGGUCGGGGUCGUCCCCCACGUGGUCACCCUGGUUUCAUGCUUCAAGGACGAGGCCGCCCCCCUUUCCCACCACAUGGGCCAAUAGAUCACGAGCCAUUAGGCCACGGAAUGGAAUCUGAUGAUUCCAAUAUGGAUCCAUCAAGGCAUCCCAUGUACCAUGGACAUGAACCCCCUAGCCAUGCGAUGCAUCCUGACGUAGGACGAGGCAGGCGUCGUGUGCCACCACCACCUCAUGAAAUGAUAGAUCAUUUGGAGGAGCCAAUUUAUGAUGAGGGAACAGAGGGAGAAUUAGAUUGGCAGCCACCACCUGGCAGAGGUCCUCCACCACCUCCACAUGAGAUACUAGAUAGGGAAGGACUGAGGAGGAGACCUAUGGGCCGGGGAAUAGGAAGAGGCAUGUGGCGGCCAGGUCCAACACAUGAGGAUUAUGAAGAAGGUUAUAAAGAGGGUUAUGCUGUAGAUUAUGAUCAUGGGGAAGAUGGUUAUCGCUGUCGGCCACCACCAGACUAUCGUCCUGAUGACUGUCGUCGUGAUGCCAGGUAUCAUGAGUCUGAGUGGGACAGAGAGCAUGCUCUCCCAGAGAGGGACUAUCCCCCCCGCAAGGCACCAUCAGAGCCAUUCAGAGAACCCCACUGGCAAGAGGAAAGAGAAAGAGGUCACCCAUAUCAAUAUGAUGAACUUGAGCGGGGGAGAGGAGAACUCAGAAUUCGUGAAUACAGGGACGAGCCACCUUACCGGAAGGAUGAACCAUCUUACCCACCUCCUUCAGACUGGGAUAGGCCUUCCAGACGUCCUCCACUGCCAGAUAGAGGGUAUCCAAUAGACUAUGAAGAUCGUAGACCUCGCUAUGAGGAACAAAGAGAUGAAAUUCCUUUGCAUAUACCUCCACCUGCAGCUGCACCUGUCACAAACCUGCCUGAGAGUUCAGUUGAAGCAGCCAGUGGAGCAAAUGUACUUGCCCUUUCCCAACGCCAACAUGAGAUCAUCUUGAAAGCUGCUCAAGAGCUUAAACUAAUAAGGGAAUUGCAGGAGGGUAAAACCUCUGGUAGUGAAUCCAAGCCUGCACAAACUGAUGUUCUGCCAGAUCUGCCUGCUGGUCUUCUUGGAUUAGAGAUUCCACCAGAAGUCAGGAAUGUUCUGAAGGGUAUGACUGCAACAACUCAGACAACUGCAGCUGAAUCUGUGCCUCUCGAUAUAAAAUCUACUGCCACACAUUACCAGCCGUCAUUCCCUGCACCUGCAGUGCCGGUUAUUCCAAAGACGGUUGAUUAUGGUCAUGGUCAUGAGCCUGGAACCACGGUUGAGCGGAUCUCUUAUGGUGAGAGGAUUGUGUUGAGGCCUGACCCAGUGCCAUCGGACCGGGGUUAUGAAAAGGAACCACUCAGAGAUCCUUACGGCAGAGACCCAUAUUACGAAAGACGAUCAGACCCUUACAUGGACCGCCGGGAGUACAGCAGAGAGAGGGAAUUAUACAGAGAGAAGCCAGAAUAUGAAAGAGAAAGAUUUGACAGGGAGCGCUACCCCCUGAGAGAGAGAGAUGACAGCACUCAGGCCAUGAAUGAUGAAAGAUCUCCACUGGCGUCUUCUCUACGCUCCGGAUACAGGGAGAGGGACCGGGAUGUUCGAGAUAGGGACCGAAGUGGCAGCCGUGAUCCAGAUGAACAUUAUGGGAGGCCAGGUUAUGAUAGACCUCCAUAUGAGCGUGCUAUACUUGAGCGUACUGGGCCUGAGCGUUACAGUCAUAGCCCAUCACCUUACAUGGACAGAAGAAGUUAUCCAGAUGACAGAGGGCCCCCCACUGCACCACCAAUCCCACCUCCACAACCUCCCCCACGUGUUGAGAAGAAGCCAGAAAUCAAGAAUAUCGACGAUAUCCUUAAACUACCUGGCAGAUUGUCUCGCCCUGAAAGGAUUGUCAUAAUCAUGAGGGGGCUUCCAGGAAGCGGAAAAACCCAUGUUGCAAAGCUCAUACGGGACAAAGAGGUUGAAUGUGGCGGUGCACCUCCCCGAGUUCUUGUUUUAGAUGAUUACUUCAUGACAGAGGUUGAGAAAGUUGAGAAGGACCCAGACACUGGGAAGAGGGUCAAAAAAAAGGCUAUGGAGUACGAGUAUGAGCCGGAGAUGGAGGAUACUUACCGGAGCAGCAUGCUUAAAACGUUUAAGAAAACCUUGGAUGAUGGCUUUUUUCCCUUCAUUAUUUUAGACACUAUUAAUGACAGGGUUAAACAUUUUGAUCAGUUCUGGAGUGCAGCUAAAACUAAAGGCUUUGAGGUGUAUUUGGCUGAAAUCACUGCAGACACUCAAACUUGUGCAAAGCGGAAUGUCCAUGGGCGCACGCUUAAGGAUAUAAUGAAGAUGUCUAAUAACUGGGAGCCUUCACCACGUCACAUGGUGCGCUUGGAUGUCCGGUCCCUGCUGCAGGAUGCUGCUAUAGAGGAGGUUGAAAUGGAAGAUUUCAAUCCUGAUGACGAGCCCAAGGAACCCAAGAGAGAAGAGGAAGAAGAGAGUGAUCUGGGCUACAUUCCAAAAAGCAAAUGGGAGAUGGACACAUCAGAGGCAAAACUUGACAAGUUGGACGGUCUGGGGAGUGGCGGGAAGAGGAAGCGUGAAGGUGAACAUAUGGCAGGCCUCGAAGACUACCUACAGCUGCCAGAUGACUAUGCUACACGCAUGUCCGAACCUGGAAAGAAGAGGGUUCGAUGGGCUGAUCUUGAAGAGCAAAAGGAUGCAGAUCGAAAGCGUGCUAUCGGUUUCGUGGUGGGUCAAACGGACUGGGAGAAAAUAACAGACGAGAGUGGCCAGCUGGCACAAAGAGCUCUCAACCGUACCAAGUAUUUCUAAGAAGAUAAUCUUACACUUUUUUUGGUUUCAGUGAAAGGUGCCCAGAAUGUGAAAACUGCUGAAGCUUACUGGCGAUGAAAUUUUCAUCAGGGUGAUUUCACCAGCUGUUAUCUGUUUCUUAUUACAUUCAUUAUUAGAGGCUUUUAUUUCUCUGGAUAUAAAUCAAAUCAAUAUGUAGUUUAUAAUUCUCUGAUACGUCUAGUCUUGCAUCCUAUCAUUAUUCUUAUGUUUGCUUUUUUUUGCUGUUUUAUACUCUUCCUAAUUCAUGUACUGUAUACCUGUAGCACUGUUUCUUGGUCCAUCCAUAGUUUUAAAAGAGACAAUAAAAAACACAAUCUAAACUUUCUGAGUCUUACUGAAUUUAUCAGGUGGGUUUUAUGAUCUACAUAUUUUGUAUAAAAUUGUAUUUUGUUAGAAAUUACCAUGUAGAUCAGUUGACCUACUUUGAUUUUCACAUGGCAUUUUCUCACACAAAAGCUUUAACACUUUGGAUUGCUUUACCCAGCCCCUUUACAACAUCUUUAGAAACAGCUGAUGACCAGUUUGAAAUUGGACUGUGGGCAGCAUCUGUUGAAAUGGUUUACAGUGCAUCCCUUACCCUGAAACAAAAAAACAAAACAAACCCAAAUUGUCAAAAUAUGGAAGAACAUUUUGUAAGGGAAAAAUCAGUCCACUCUGGCUUUGGGGUUCUUAGAUGUCAUAGGUUUAAAUGAAAUAGUCAAUGAGACUACAUGCACAAAAAUACUGGGAGCACUGGCCGUUUAGGUGAUUAAACCACCCAUUUUUAAAAAAAUUUCUGUUACUGUUUUUUUGUUUUGGUUAUUUUUUUAAUUAUUAGAAAAACAAAACAAACAAUUCUAAUAUUAUUUUUUUUUGCACUCAAAGUCAAAAUAAGAUGUUGCCUGUACCACAUUUUGAUUACUAUACCCUCACUGGCCACAUCAUCCCUGAUACUAGUACUGGGUUGGGCUUCAUUUUGCCUUCAGUUAGUGCACAUUUUUUCAGCUGCACAUCCAUAGUGGAAUCUCCCAUUCUACCACAUUCUGAAGGUGCUCUAUUUGAUUGAGAUCUGGUGAAUGUGGAGGUCAUUUUAGUAUAGUAAACGUGUCAUGUUCCAUAACCAGUGUGAGAUGCUUUGAGCUGCUUACAUGGUGCAUUAGCCACCACCACACAAUGGGUACACUUUGGUCAUGAAGGGAAGGACAAGGUCAGUAACAGUACUCAGGUAUGUCUGGCAUAUGAACAGUGCUCAUUUAGUUCUAAUAGCCCUUUUCCAUAAGUACCUACUCAGAUCAACUCGACAUUUUUUUUUAGGGUUUGCCAUUAGGUCAUAGUACCUGGUAUUAGGUACUUUUUUAGUACCUACUCAACCGGGGUUCCAAGCGAUCUGAAAAUGUGACAUCAACACACUGCAUGCCACUGAUUGGCUAGACAGGGACGUCACUUGAUAAGUCAUGAGAGCAACUCCUUCACGAAAAUCAAACCCACCAUUUUUGAAAUCCAGCAACGAUGGAAAUGGCUACACAAACAACACUCAGAGUCUAACGAAAAGCCACAGACUGACUGCAGGUAUACCAUUGUCUUGAUGUCCACCUUUGUUGUGGCGUUUCGUGUUGCAUACAAAUGGCGUUCAACCACAUUCGUAUAAUGAUCGUACGCACCUUAGACGGUACUCUGUUGUCAUGGAAAACAAGUUGUCAAGCUCCAACUUCUGACUCUCCCAAUGUCGCACCAGAAAUCAAGGCUCAUUGGACCAGGCAAGGUUUUUCCAGUCUUCUCCUUUCCAAUUUAGGUGAGCCUAUGUAGCAUCAGUUUCCUUUUAUUGACUUUAAGAAGUGCAACCUGAUGUGGUCUUCUGCUGCUGUAGCCAUUCUGCUUCAAGGUUCAAUGUGUUGUGUGCUCAGAGAUGUUUUUCUGCAUUCCUUGGUUUUGACACAUGGUUAUUUGGGGUUACUUCAUAAACCCUAGUGAUGGUUAUGUGUAAAAACCCCAGUAGAUCAGCAGUUUCUGUAGUACUCAGACCAGCCCAAUUGGCAUCAACAAACAUGUCACAUUUAAAGUCCCUUAAAUCAACUUUUUCCCACUCACAUUUUUGACUUCAGCAGGUUUGACCAUUUCUACAUGGCAAUUAGCUGAUUAGAUAUUUGCAUUAAUAAGCAGUUGAAAAGUUGUACCUAGUAAAAUGGCUUCUUAGUGUGAAAUGUAUAGUUUCCCAAACUAUUUUGGUUUUUUGGCCCCUGUUUGUUGUUGAAAUCAAGCACAUCAGGAUUUUUUUUUUUCUUUUUACAAUAAAUUUAAUCUGGAUUACCGACAUUGUUACUGGAGUAACUGAAGGACACAACAAGGAUCGACGGUUACAAACAGAUAAAUCACUUCUGAUGAAGGAUUAAAUUGGCUUUGGACCAUUGGUUGAAGUGUGCCAUGUGGUAAAUGAGUGGAUGGAUCCAGGCGGUAAGUAUGGAACAAAGCAAGAAACUAUUCCUUUAUGUUAAUACUUUUUUAACUGGUUCACUGACAUUGUAAUUGUAGAAUUGAAAUAGUUUGUGUUCUAUAUAUUUUUGUCAUUUUGUUUGUAUGUACAGUAAUAAGUUCUGUUCCAUCAAUAUUAAAGAUUUUGUAAAUUC